AUGCAGGUAACAGUGCAACUGGCGCGCGGGGCGCUGGAUGACGCCAUGCGCGCCUCCAUGGAGCUCCUGGCGGCGGCCCAGCGGGGCGGCGGCAAGCCCGCAGAGGCCGCGGCCUGGCUCCGCAUCGCCGAGGUGCACCGCCACCGGGAGAUGGCCGCAGGCGGCGGUGGCACCUCCUCCACGCCGGAGGAGACGCUGCAGGCGGCGGAGCGCAGCGCGGAGCUCUACCGGGGCUUGACCGGACCGGAGGCGGACGCCAGCCAGAAGGGCCUGGGGGCUGCCCUGACGGAGUCCGGCCGCGCGUGCUUGCGCUUGGGUCGGCACCGGCAGGCGGUGUCCUCGGCCACGGAGGCCAUGGCCAUCUUCCGGCCCCUGGACCUGCUGCACCGCCUCACCCGGGCACUGGACCUCGAGCUGGAGGCGCGGCGGGGGCUCAUGGAGCCGAUGAUCGGCCUGCAGGCGGCGAACCGGGAGCUGCAGCUGCUGCGCGAGCGCCAGGAGGCCGCUGGAUCAGAGGUGAGCCGUGGGGCUUUGCAGGCGGAGGCGGAGAUUCUGGAGGCCAUCGCCCGCACCCACGGCUCGCUGUCGGAGCCCCUGGGCGCGGUGCGCAACGGCUUGCUGGCGGCGGAUCUCCGGAAGGAGAUCAACGACGACGAGGGGGAGACCAGCGCCUUGCUGCUGGCCGCGGACCAGCAGCGGAAUUUGGGGGAGAUGAUCGAUGCCACGGAGACGGCGGAGCGUGCGCUGGCGUUGGCGCGGAAGACGGGGAACGCGCGGCACGAGGAGGAGGCCGCCAAGGUGCUGAGCCGCGUGCUCUCCGAACGAGGCCUGAACGAGCAGGCGCCCCAACGGCCGCAAGCGCUGCAGGCCCUUGAGACCCUGGUCGCCGCGGUGAAGCAGCGGGACGGCGCCGCGGCCAAGGAGGCGGAGCAGAGGCUCAACUCCUUCGGGGGCCUUGUCACCAACAAGGACAUCGCGGAUCACAUCGUGCCGCUGAUCAGCCGAGACCCCGAGGCCGUGAAGUUCUUGAGGGAGGAGCUGGGCUGGGACGUGGAGAAGCCUUACACCCAGAAGCAGAACGGCAAGGAAGUGCGGCACUUGGACUUCUACUUGGCGCAUCGGAUGUCAGGCAUGGGCUUCGGCCCGCAGUUCAAAGUGUGCAACUUCCCGGUGCGUGUCUGGGGCUCCGCGCCGGUGGCGGUGUGUGUGAACCAGCUCCCCGAGACGGAGGCCUGGCAGAUGGAGAUGAUGUUCCGGCCCGGGUUCAUCGACGCGGGCCUGCAAAGCGGCCUGGUGCACGCGCCCUUCUUCGACUGA